AUGGAUAAGGACUGUAAUCAUCGAGUGUUGAAGACGAUUAAUGAAAAUAAAUCAUCAGAUCAACCAGUACAGGAAAAGAAACGACGUAGAAAAUGUCAUGGUAAUCGAAAAGUACAACGAUUUCGUAAGAAAUGUCGUGCUCGAGGAAUGAAACCACAUAACAUUGAGAGGAAAAUCAAGAAGAGAUUUGGUGAUUCUCGUACAAAUCAACCAACAUCCAUCAUCAAUAACAAUGAUUCAAUCGACCAUCGUCCUAAAACAAUCAUAACAUUGAAGCAGAAUAUUAAAAAAACUUCUAUCAAACGAAAACGAGAACCCGUUCGAUCACUGAGCCAAUUUUCAAUUUCACAACCAGAACCAAAGAAAGUAAAAAAGAAACAAAAUAUAAUCCAGACAUCAGUGCCAAACCCCGAUAAAGUGUAUCGAGUAGCAUUCUAUUUAAAACGAUCACCAAGGUUAUUUAUUCAAGCACUAGGUCGGCAGCUCAAUCAUCCACUUAAGACCAAAGCGGAACAUAAAUUUAUUUACUCACGAUUAAAACUAUUAGAUUUACAAUUUUGUUUAAAUAUACAUCAAUCUCUUUGGCAAUCUUAUUUUGAUAUUGGCUAUGAACAACAUCAAUGGCCAGAUCAUUUGUAUAAGAUAACGAAAACCAAUGAACCUCAAUCAUGCCAAAAAUUCAUACAAGACUAUUUGACUCAUAUACAACAGCAAUUAGAACAAUGUGGUACACAGUUGAAUUUACAAGCAUCAACGUGUCCUGAAAAAUUGACGAUGACUCUCCUUGAUCAUCAUUUAAAAGAAUAUAUCUGUUCACAACAAAAACGAUUCACUCAUAAAAUUCACCAUCAAUUAAAACGAUUCAAAGAUGAGUUACAUGAAAAACGACUUCAUCGCAUUUUAUUCAACAAUAAUCUGACAAGUCAUCAGAAGGAAUCAAUCAAUCGUCUUAUUCAUCUACGAGAAACAGAAUUACAAAUACGAAAAGAAUUGUUGCUGUUGGAACAACGAAUUCUAUCAAAACUACUACCUGUUAGUUUUGAUCAAUUAGAUACUCUGAUUGCACCUGAUUUCUAUACACCUGCUCUUGAAGAUCAAUAUUCACUCAAUUACAAACUAAAACGUUCAAAAAUCUUACAAGAAACUAAACGAACUUGGCUCGAUAUACUGAUGGAAUCUUAUGAUGUCAAGAUGAAAGAAUGUAAUCGACAAUAUCAAGAAGAGUUAACACAAUUAGAGUUAACACAAUUAGAGUUAGACAUUUCCAAUCAUCAACAUCAUCAUCAUGAUGCACGUGUUCUAUUUCGUACUGUUCAAGCUUAUAUAAAACAUCGAACUAUUCAAAUCAAGAAAGAUACAUUUCAACAGAUGAACAGUUUUCAUGGAAAACUUAGUCGUCAUCGUCAACGUUCUAAAAAAGCAAAGCAAACAAUUGGCGUAUCUCCAGAAGUUAUACUCAAUGUGAAUGACCAUACAUUGGCUGUGAUUGGACAUGAAUAUCUUUCUCGAAAUGGAAAUUAUAUUCGACCAAAUCGCACUGCUCUUCGUUCAUAUAAGGAACGAGUAAAAAUAGUUCAAGAGCAACAUAAAAUCAUGGUGAAUCGAACGUCAUCAGGGCUUCCAGAAAAAAGUUGCAUAAAUGCUGGAUCAAAUAUUUUCAAACAAUUUUCUGAACGUCUUCUUGCUUGUCUCAUGUUUGAGUUGAUUCGUCGUAAACUCAAGAAAAAUCAAUUACUUCUUCGAGAAACAGAUAAAGGUGGCAAUUUAUAUGUAGCUCAUUUAAAUGAAUUUGAAGAAAAAGCAGCUGAUUAUCGACUGAAAACAGGUGCUUAUGAAGAAUUAUCAUCAAGUCCCAUUGAAGAGAUUUUAAGUAAAGUCACUCGCUUACUCAAUGAUCUUCAUGCCAAGCCCAAUCAAAUUUCAUCUCAGCAAUAUAAAAAAAUGAUACCAAGUCGGUUAACUGUCGAGUUAGCCUAUAUGUAUUACAAUCCGAAAACACAUAAGAAUCCAAUAACACUUCGACCUAUUAUGAAUACGAUUCAUGCUGCCACUACUGGAAUAUCUCGAUUUUUGGAUCAAUCCAUGCGACCUUUGUUUGAUAUACAUGCUCAACCGAGACCCAUUAUUGAUGGUGGUCAUCUUCUUCGUCAAUUAGAACAAUAUGUUCAAUUUCUUCUUGAAUAUCAUUAUGAGAAAGUUCAAGGCAUUUCAAUUAAAGUUAUUCUUCAAUUAGCUGAUCUUGUUCUCAAAGAGACUGCAUUUGUCGAUGGAAAUAAAUUUUAUCGACAAAUUAUUGGUGGUGCAAUGGGAUCACCAUUUACUUUAACAUUAGCCAACAUUUUCAUGUGGAAAUGGGAAAAAAAUGCCAUUUGUGGUGCAAUAGGUCCCUAUGAGAUCUAUGGCCGAUAUAUUGAUGAUAUCUUCUUUACUUUUAAUGAACCAAAGACAAAAAUUGAGGCAGUCAUCAAAAAAGCUAAUGACUUUCAUCCAAACAUUAAAUUAGAAGCUAAUAUUGGUAGUUGUGUUUCAUUUCUUGAUCUACUCAUCAACAAUAAGAAUGGUAUUCUAUCCACAUCUGUCCAUCAUAAAACAGCAGCCGAACCUUGUGUUGUACCAUUUAUUUCUGAUCAUCCUCGUCAUGUCUUUUCUAAUAUUAUUCAAGCUGCUCUUCUUCGCGCUGUACGUUAUUCAUCUACAUUUGACAUUUUUGAAAAGGAACGUCGUGCUAUUCGAUUGAUGCUACUCUAUAAUGGGUAUCCAUCAAGGUAUAUUGAUACACAUUUCAGAAAAUUCUUCGGUCGCUCAAUAUCAAAAUCAUCUAUGCUACCAUUCAUCACCAACGAGAAUGAAUUUUUAGUUAUGAGGAAUACCUUACUACCUAAACUGAAUGUCAAAGAACGAGAAACACAACAUAGAAUUGCAGCUGUUCCAUUCAACGAAGAGACUGAUAAUCACAAUACUGAAGAAAAAACCGCAAGGAUUCCCACAAUCUUAAAACAAAAAAAGCCGAAUAAAUUUAAACAGGCUUUCUUUCUUCAUUAUACACAUGAACAAAGACUACAUACUCUGAAACGCGACAUACAUAAGCUUUAUUCAGAAAUAUUUCACGAUACAAUAGCAACAGACCUUCGACUCAUUCUUGGACAUCGAAAUCAUCGCAACACUCGACAUGAGUUAGUACAAAAAAGACCACAUCAAACAAUGUUGAAACCCACCCCGCUCCUAAAUACCAUAAAAAAGAAACCUGAAAGACGCAUCGUAAAUUGA